UGUAGUGUUACAACCAAGUCCAGCACACACACACACACCACAGCCGCACACAUACAUACCUGGUCCAUAUCCAGAAUACAUGGGCGAACAUGAGGGGAUGAUGAAAGUCCAGAUUACAGGGGACAUGACAGUGGAUGGGCCAGUUAGUAGUAGAUUAAGAAGGAACACUCGACAAGAGCGCCCCAUUACCGCAGAAUCAAGGUUCUUAUCAUUUCCGCCUGGACAUUUUCUGAAUCAGACAUCAUUUCAUCAAUUACAGGCGCCACAGAUGCAAGCACCCUUGAUGCAGAGACCAGGUGGGAAUCUCCAGUACCAACCAUGGUCGCAUAGUGACAUGACAGCAAUAGCAAGUAAAUUGCCACCCAUUACCUCUGGAGGCAGCAGAUGGCUGAGUAAAUUAACUGUACUCUGCCAUGGCACUGAUUUGGCUUUGGGUGACUUGAGAUGCCUGUUAGGACAGAUACUGACAGCCUCACAAAUGCAGAAUUUGGAACUCGAUGCUCACACCACUAUGGACGUAAAUGAAACACCAUUCGCAAGGGUGAGCACAGACAUUGGCAGAACACUUAGGCGAUUGUAUCCUGUACCACCAACCGUAUACCAAAAUAUAAAAUUCCGCAUUAAACCAGGUGAGACUGGAGCAGCCUAUUAUUUCCGUUGUGCUGCUGAGUGGGAACAAAUGGUGGAGGAAAACAGUUUAAAUAACCCCGUGACACGAGACAUAUUUAGAACAGCAGUAAUGACAGGAGCUCCAAAUGGAGUAAAACAAGCAAUGGAGAAUAACCCAGAUAUCCCAGUGGCGAGUAACGAGGUAUGGGAAAGACAUUUAGUGCACCACACAGACAGAGCAGUUGAAAGGGCCAAUAAAGAAGAGGAGGAACUUGAGAGAGCUAAAACACAGUUGUUGAAGUUACAAUUAGAAAAAGCCAAAAGUGAGGGCACAACCAAAAAGGCCAAGCAAAUGCCACAACACACUCCCAAUGCACCCCAACCCAUAGACCCAUAUCAAGGACCCCCUUACAGUGGUUCUCCUUUUGGAGGACCGACACACCACCAUCCAUAUAGCAACCCACAUUAUGCCCAAGGAACAAACCGUAGGCAGGGAUCCCCCUGGAGAGGAAAUGGACGUAGACAGGGAGGGCAAGGGAGAGGGGGGCAGCGCGGGACUCAGUGUUUUGUGUGUGGAGAAAAUGGACAUUGGGCAAGAUAUUGUCCACAGAAUGAGUCACAGACUCAAGGCCAAAACAACGGUCCACCUGCGGGGGGAUGGGGUCCCCGAGGAGGUGGCACCGGUGGUCGUGGCAGGGGACCACAAACCCCACACAACCCGGGGCAACACUUCCCGUCACCUUCCAACCUACAGGCGCCUGUGCACCCAACAUGGGGCCCGGAGGGUGGGGCGGAGGAAUGUUGAAGGGGCCCACAGAGAACCACCGUGAGAGGAAUGGCUGAACCUCUCAUGGAAAUAGUGGUAACCGAUACACCACUAAAGGCUCUGGUAGAUACCGGGGCCACAUACUCUACUGUAACAAAGGGCACAAUUGACAAUAGCGAUCUGACAAAUCGCACAGUAGGAGUAAUAGGGUUCUCUGGUGAGGUAGAAAAAUGGCCUAUGACAAAAUUGCUGAAAGUAAAAAUUGACAAACAGAUAUUGACACACUCAUUCCUGUACUCUUGUAAUGCUCCCAUCCCCCUUUUAGGCAGAGAUCUAUUAAUCAAAUUAGGAGCCAGCAUUUUAUGUUCACCCGAGGGAGUGAUAGUGAAAUUUCCAGAUGGUUCAGAAACAAAUUGUUCCCUUGCAGGUCACACCACAGACAGUCAGUGGAUGUUAACAUCGUGUGGUGAGUUAGAAGAUGCUGAUAUAUAUUGGGUUGAGCUAGAUUCCAGUGUAGCCACUAAUAGUAUUGUAUCUAGGUAUAAUGAACAUCGCCAAUGGAUAACAAACAUAGACAUUUUUCUGCCACCCAUAGACCCCUUACAUUGCACAUUGUUUUAUGACAGGGAUGACACCACACAAUACCAAGAUCUAUUUCAGGAAAUAGAAGACAGCAAAUGGGUGAUAAGGGGAUCUGGUCUCAUGAUAGGAAAAGAGGGAGUAGUGACACCAAUUUUACUGACAGAAGAGCAGAUGAAAUGGUAUGAAAUGUCUGAUACAGCUGCACCACACGUCUCUGUAGCAUUACAUCCGAAACAUGAAGCUAGGGAGCUAGGCAACAUGACUAAGAGGCUGUUGGCAGCUAAUGAUUGGAAACCCACAGAAACUUGGGGUAUCCUGUAUUCCGAGACACAAAAAGCAUAUUGGGUGCAAGACCAAACAGAAGACACAGGGGUGUUGACACAUAAACAGAUCUCUAGAAGCCAUGGUAGGGAGCAGACAGACGCUGACGGAGCAGAAAAAAUGAUUGACACAUUGCCAGAUAAUCUAUGGUCUCAAGGACCAACAGAUGUAGGGUUUUGUAACAUCAAACCUGUUAGCUUCAAAUUGACCACCACCACACCUAUUUGGGUCCCUCAGUACCGCAACAAACCAGAAGCAGAAGAAGGUGUAGCCACCACUGUUUCUGGACUGAUUGACAAGGGAGUGAUAACCCCUUAUAGGUCUAAUUGGAACACACCAAUUUUUCCUGUGCCAAAACCAGGCACUAAUAAAUACAGAUUGGUACAUGAUUUACGAAACAUCAACUCCAUUGUAGCAACACCUACAAUGACAGUGCCAAACCCAUACAUUGCGCUGUCCACAUUGACACCAGCGCACCAAUGGUUUACAUGCAUCGAUUUGGCAAACGCUUUCUUCUGUAUUCCAAUCGCAGAGGAUUGCAAAGCAUGUUUGGCUUUUACAUACAGGGGCUGGCAGUAUUCUUACAACAGACUACCACAAGGGUUUAUUUUGUCACCAGGAAUUUUUAAUCAUGUUUUAAAACAACAGCUACAGGACUGUAGCUUACCUGAGAACUGUGUCAUGAUCAUGUAUGUUGAUGACCUACUCUUGGCAGCCAGAACUGAAAAGGCGUGCUUGGAGGCUACCAGAGUUGUGUUGCUUCAGUUGCACAAGUCUGGUUUCAAGAUAAGCAAGGACAAACUGCAGGUGUGCAGACCUUGUGUUACAUUUUUAGGUCGACUGAUCACGGCACAGGGAUCAACUUUGACAGGGACACAAAGACAGGGUAUACUCAGCCAUCCUAAGCCAACCACAGUGAAAGACAUGUUGUCAUUUUUAGGCCUCACAGGAUUCAGUAGGCACUAUAUUCCUAUGUAUGUUUCACUGACCAAACCACUCAGACAGUUGAUCAAAGAGCAUGGCAUGAAAAAUCUGAAAGCAGAACUUCAGUGGACACAAGAGGCUGAACGGACGUUCAUUGACCUCAAGACACAGCUAGCUCAUGCCGCACACCUGAAUUGUGCCAAUUAUGAGUUACCUUUUUUCCUGGAUGCCUCAGAAUCUGGCUCCAGCGCACAUGGUGUCCUGUUUCAGAAAGACCAGGGCAGGAGAAAAGUGUUGAUGUAUGCGAGUGUGUUGUUAGACUGUGUAGAACAAAGACAACCACUUUGUUCUCGAUUUGCAGCGGGUUUAGCUAAAGUUGUGCAUAAAACAUCACACAUUGUAAUGGGCCACCCACUGACAAUACUCACCACACACUCCAUCAUGUCAUUCGUAAAUUCAGCAUCAUUCACAUUUUCACCACUGAGACAGAGAAGAAUAGCUAAGAUUUUGACCAGCCCCAAUCUCACAUACACACAUGAGGGCAUUAAUAUGGCUGAUCUGAUCGGAGAUGGACAGCCGCAUGAUUGUGCACCCAUCACCGAGAGAGCAUCCAAAGUAAGAGAAGAUCUGUCUGCGGUGCCAUUGACAACCCCACCACCAGUUAUUACAUUGUUCACAGAUGGUUGUUGUUUCAGAGCAGAGGAUGGGAGCCUGAAGGCAGCCUAUGCAGUAGUUGAACAGUUAGGAAGCUCAUUAGUGACCAGAGAUGCAGGGAAGUUAGAAGGGAAACAGUCAGCACAGAGAGCAGAGAUGAUAGCAGUGACAAGAGCCAUGCACUACGCUGGUGAGAACCGUGUAAAUAUUUAUUCCGAUUCCGCUUAUGUAGUGACAGCUGUUCAUGUUGAAUUUCCCUUAUGGCAGAGGUGUGGUUUUAUCACAUCCUCAGGUCGAACAAUCACGCAUGCAUGCGAAGCCAUAGACCUUUUAGAGGCUCUGAUGAUACCCACAG